AUGGGGGUUAUGUCCAGACGGGUUUUGCCCGCCUGUGGUAACCUCUGUUUCUUCUGUCCUUCCUUGAGGGCAAGGUCUAGGCAUCCCGUUAAACGCUACAAGAAAAUGCUCGCUGAAAUCUUCCCUCGUCAUCAGGAAGCUGAACCUAAUGAUAGAAAAAUAGGCAAGCUUUGUGAGUAUGCGUCAAGGAAUCCUUUACGAAUUCCAAAGAUUACAGAGUACCUUGAGCAGAAAUGUUACAAAGAAUUGCGGAAUGGAAAUAUUGGAUCAGUUAAAGUCGUUUUAUGCAUUUACAAGAGACUGCUUUCAUCAUGUAAGGAGCAGAUGCCUCUAUUUUCGUGUAGUUUGCUAACCGUUGUUCGAACUCUUUUGGAGCAAUCAAAAGAGCAAGAAGUGCAGAUCUUGGGUUGCAAUACUCUUGUUGACUUUAUAAGUUUACAGACUGAGAAUUCGCACAUGUUCAACUUAGAAGGUUUAAUCCCAACACUUUGUCAACUUGCUCAAGAAAUGGGGGAUGAUGAAAGAUCCAUUCGAUUACGCUCAGCAGGAGUUCAGGCUUUGGCAUUCAUGGUAUCUUUUAUUGGUGAGCAUUCCCAACUAUCAAUGGACUUGGAUAUGAUUAUUUCUGUGAUUCUGGAGAAUUAUAUGGAUUUGGAGAAGGGCCAAGAAGAUACUAACGAAGUUGGUCAAAAUUCAGAAACGAAGACUCCCAACGUGAGUAAAAAGGUUUCUUUCAAACCUAAUCCUGUGACUGACUAUAAGUUGGAUAACAUGGAUAUUUCGAAGAGCCCUUCAUACUGGUCUAUGGUUUGCCUUUGCAAUAUAGCCAAAUUAGCAAAGGAAACUACAACUGUUCGCCGGGUUCUGGAACCGCUUCUAAAUGCUUUUGACAGUGGAAAUUACUGGUCUCCACAGAAAGGCGUUGCCUCCUCUGUUUUAUUGUUUCUGCAGUCUCGUCUGGAAGAAUCAGGGGAAAAUUGUCAUGUGUUGGUGUCUUCUUUAAUCAAGCACUUGGAUCAUAAGAAUGUAACGAAGCAACAAGGUCUUCAAGUUAACAUGGUUAAUGUAGCCACAUGCCUUCUGCUACAUGCUAAGCAGCAGCCUUCAGGCGCGAUGACUGCUGUAAUAGCCGACUUGAUUAAGCAUUUGCGGAAAUGCUUGCAAAAUGCAGCUGAACCAAAUGUGUCUGCUGAUGAAACGAAGCUGAAUUCUGAGCUCGAGCAUGCAUUAGAAAAUUGCAUCGCAGAGCUCUCAAAUAAGGUUGGGGAUGCUGGGCCGAUUCUUGAUAUGUUGGCAGUGGUUCUUGAGACGAUAUCCACUAAUGUAGUCGUUGCUAGAACCACAGCAUCAGCCAUUCUCCGUGCUGCAUAUAUAGUAUCAGUGGUCCCAAAUGUUUCUUACCAUAAGAAAGUAUUUCCGGAUGCCUUGUUUCACCAACUGCUCCUUGCGAUGUCCCACACAGAUUGUGAGACUAGAGUUGACGCACACAAUAUUUUCUCCGUCCUUCUUCUUCGAACUCUUCGUUUACCUUGGUCAGACCAACAUAAGGAAACCUCAGAAGCUGUUUCUGGCAUAUUGUCAGUUGAUGGAACUUGUACAGUAAGGAACCGGAGUACCAGUUUACAGGAGGAAGAGAAGGAUUCCUUCAACAGUGAACUGCAUAAAGAUGUAAACCACAUAUCUCAUCCAAGUGUAUCACGAGAUACCAGUCUUAGUUUUCAGUCCUUGGAUAGCUUAAAGGAUUUAGAUGAUGGUAUAAAGUCAUUAUGUUCACUCCGACUGAGUAGUCACCAAGUGAACAUGCUUCUUUCAUCCAUAUGGAUCCAAGCAACUUCUACCGAGAAUACCCCUGCAAAUUUUGAGGCUAUGGCUAGCACGUAUAAUAUCACUAUAUUGUUUUCACUAGCAAAGAGAUCAAAUCACAUGGCUCUGGUGCGGUGUUUUCAGCUGGCAUUCUCUCUUCGAAAUCUCUCAUUAAAUCAAAAUGGAGGUAUGCAGCUCUCUCGUCGAAGAUCGAUGUUCACUUUUGCAUCAUAUAUGCUCAUUUUCGGUGCCAAUAUUUCCAAUAUUCCGGAGCUAAUUACAAUUGUCAAAGAAUCUUUAACUGCCCAAAUGGUUGAUCCUUAUCUUGUGCUGGAAGGAGAUAUCAGAUUGCGUGCUGUAUGUUCUGGAUUUCCACAGGAAGAAGUGUAUGGAUCUGAGAAAGAUGAUAGUGCUGCUCUCAAUUCUGUCGUGGAUGAUAGUUGCCUGAAGGAAAUUGUGAUUACUUAUUUUACAUCGAAAUUUCAGACAUUAUCCGAGGAGGAGCAAUCAAAUUUGAGAAAGGAAAUUCAGUCAGAUUUUUCCCGAGAUGAUGCACACCCGCUUGGUGCACCUUUGUUCAUGGAGACACCAGGACCUAGUUCUCCUCUUAAUCAGAUAGAACUUCCAGCUUUUGAAGAGGUUGAGCUUUCAGCAAUAGUGGCAUUUGAAGGAAUUUCUCCGGGGGCAAGUGGAAGUCAGUCUGGCCACAGAACAUCAUUGUCCACAAAUACUAACCCAGCAGAUGUUCUGAGUGUCAACGAGUUGUUAGAAUCGGUAUCAGAAACUGCUCGGCAAGUUGCAAGUCUCCCUGUUUCCUCCAUUCCUGUACCUUAUGACCAAAUGAUGAAUCAAUGCGAAGCUCUUGUGACGGGCAAACAGCAGAAGAUGUCUGUUCUUCGAAGUUUCAAACCCCAAGCAGUCAAAGCUAUAACUUUCUCAGAAGACGAAGAAAUGGAAGAACUCUUUCUUCUCAAGGAGACAGAAGAAGCUGAUGAAGAUGAUCAGAAGGCAAUCACUGUGGCACAAGUCCAACCUCAAGGCCAGCACGCAUUCUGCUCACGCGAAGUGGAACAAAAUUCGUUUCGGUUACCGCCUUCAAGCCCAUACGAUAAGUUCUUGAAAGCAGCCGGAUGUUAA